AUCGUGCUUUCAGUCUACCUCGGUGGUGCGCGUUUGGCGUGUCUCUCGGUGUGUGGCUCAUUGUGCGUGAGGGGGGGGACACAUCGUUGGAGCCGCUCACCAACGUAGGUUUGCGUGCGCGUGAGUCCUGUUCCCGGACGGUGAAUAGACGUAUGUAUAAAAGGAAGGACAUAGACUGUCGUGAAAGCUUUUGCGAGUGAGAAGAGAACAUUUUCCUCGUAAUGCCCUGGGCAUGUUGUACCGACAUUCAGGUAAUACGCACAAUAGUCAUCCCCUCGGGGGGAAGGACCGGUCGUUUCUGCCCUCAUGCGAGGGAUUUUCUUUUUUGGUGUACCUGAGGUCAUACAGCACACACACUGGGCUUCGAGAGCGAGAGAGUAGUUCACAAGAUAGGAGGGGAGGGAAAGAGUAAGACUGAUAGAGGACAGAGAGUGAGAAGGGGGGAGGUAGUGGUGGAAAAAGAACUCGUCCUCCAUUACUUGCUUGCAAGCAAAUGGUGGAUCGCUGCUUAUGAGUCUCUUUGUUAAAUUCCUUUAUAUCUAUCUUCGAUCUUUUUCGAUUUACUCAUUUCUCUCGCGACUGUUAUUCUCACUAUUCAUCUCAGAUCUUUCACAAAGCGUUCGUACAGAUGUCAAUGGCACAAUUUUGCAUUGUUACCCUUAUCGCGGAUGGACUUCAGUUACAGUGUUUGUUAUGAUUCUGCCUUUGGUAUACUAUCUCUUUCGCUGCGUAGGAAAAACAUUAAUUGCGUGUUAUUUAGUCACGGUCUUCUUAUCACAGUGCGCAGCGAUUUAACACGGCAGUAUAGUGGCAUGAGUCAAUUAAUCUAUGGCAGAUCAACAAGAUCAGUUGUUGUCAGGGGGGUCUGUAGAGAAGGCCAGUGCUUCAGCAGGUACCUCUAAAAUUAGAGGGAAAAGCUCAGGCAGUGGUACAAGUGGCUAUAGAAAGCGACAAAGUAGUAGUAUCCCAGUGCCAGUAGAAGAGAAAAGACGCAGACAAACUAUUGGUGAUCCGCAACCACCUCAGGACCUUGACAACACAUCUGCACAUAGACAUUCUAUAGAUUCUUCAAAAGGAGAAGACAAGAUAAAGGGUGAACGUAGAAAUCAUGGAAGUGGUUUAGGACCAUUCCUAGAUACAGAUUGGAGACUGCAACACAAGGUUCAGCAGUCUAAUUGUGGUAUUAGUGGUAAUACAAGAGUUCGCAACACGAGAACAAGUUUGCCAGAGUUAAACUUGACAGCUAUAGAUUGUGUAGCUUCGCGGACUCGUUCUCGUACUCCACAAAAUUCAGCAACUUUAUUGCAAGCAAGCAGUAGCUACAACUUAUCAUUAAAUAGUGGCUAUAGUAAUCGAAAAUCAUCUUCAACGUACAACAACUUGGCAUCAUCAUCGAGUGCUACUCCUGUUUCUAGCAAUUCAACUACGUCAAGGGAAAGAGAUCAGACUGUAUCAUUAGGCCUGAGGAUGAGCGAAUGUCUGGAAGGAUUUGUGUCUGCUGUCAAAGCACUUUUUCCAAUAUCAACACAAACGUACCAUCAAGAAGGGUCCAAAGCACACGGUGGUGCAACCUGUACAAGUAGCAGUACGAGUAGUCAAAUCUUGGGUGUGAAGUCCAACGUCAGAGUGGGUAACACAGCUAGCAAUUCUGUGGAGAGUGGUGGGGGGGCGUUGGCACAUGACGGGGCAGGCACUAGUGGCAUUACAUCAACAGCCACUACCAAUCCAGCUGUGUCUGCCACCGCUACUGCCACCCCUGCACACCCUCAUCCUACACAAAAACAUCCACUUCGUUCGCGUAUAAAACUCUUAAGUGAACAACCUAAGGAACUGCCAUCGAGUAACAAGACUUCAGGAAAACAUAAAAAAGACUCCACGACGGGUUCCUGUUCUAGCUCAAGACAUCGCUCUUCGUCACGAGCACGGAAAUCAAUGGUGGAAAGUACUUCUGGAGGUACCGGAAAUAUAAUGUCAGGGAAUGAAUCUAUUACUAACAGUGCUACGCCAACAUCUGUAUCAUCUUCUAUUCCUGGUAGCCAGUUAGUUACUACAACGGGUGAAGAUGAAGCAGGAUCAGCUGUAACAUCUGCUACUGCGAGUGGAGGACCAUCUGGAUUAUCUGGUACAACAGGAGAUAGUGAAAGUGAUGAUGGUGAAGUUGGGAGAUUACAAGCAUUAUUAGAAGCUAGAGGUUUACCUCCUCAUGUAUUUGGUGCAUUAGGGUCACGAAUGCAACAUCUUCUAAAUAGAAGUAUGGGAGCAAGCUCAGCUGCAAAAGCACAACAGCUCCUUGCUGGCUUACAAGCUGUUGAUGAUGAAGGCGAACAAUUACAAGCUGUCAUAGGAAUGGGAGAAAUACUUGUUAUGGGAAAUGAAGAUACAUUAACAGGUUUUCCUGUUAAACAAGUCGUUGCAGCUUUAAUAAAUUUACUUGGAAUAGAGCACAACUUCGUUAUAAUGACACAUGCUUGUCGUGCUUUGACAUACAUGAUGGAAGCUUUGCCUCGAUCUUCUACCGUUGUUGUUGAUGCUGUACCAGUAUUUCUACAGAAGUUAGAAUCAAUUGAAUGUAUGGACGUUGCUGAACAAUGCUUAACUGCUUUGGCUAUGUUAUCCCGUCGACAUAGCAAAACAAUAUUACACGCGGGUGGUGUAUCAGCUUGUUUGAAAUUUGUUGAUUUCUUCAAUAUCACGGCUCAACGCGCAGCAUUAACAAUCACAGCUAAUUGUUGUCAAAAUCUUCAUCCUGAUGAUUUUCAUCUAGUCGCAGAGAGCUUACCAUUGUUAACAAACAGACUGACGAAUCAGGAUAAAAAAAGUGUUGAAUGUGUUUGCCAAGCUUUCAGUCGAUUGGUUGACAGUUUUCAACAUGACCCAGUUAUGUUACAUAAAAUUAUCAAUGCGGAACUUCUGCAAAAUUUACAACAGUUGCUCAUGAUUACACCACCUGUAAACAGUAUUGGCAACUUCAUAACAGUGCUACGAAUGUUAUCUGUGAUAUCAAAUCGCUGUCCUGAUUUGGCGCAGCUGCUUUUACAACAAAAUAUAGCUUUCACAUUAAGUUAUCUUUUAACUGGAUCUUUGGAAAUAAAAACUGAAGAUGUAGAGUUAGUACCACGUUCACCACAAGAAUGGUUUGAAAUUACUUGUUUAAUUGAGGAACUUAUGCCUCCGCUACCAACUGAUGGUAUAUUCAGUGUAAAUAGUUUACUCGAAAGGACCAGUAGUCAACAAGAAACAGUCCAUUGGGAGUGGCGUGAUGAAAGGCAUUGCUGUCAUCCAUUCAGCACUAUUGAUUCUAGGAUUAUUGAGAUGGCAUUUCAAAAUGGUGAAGAUGAAAUAUGUCUUUCUACUCUAGGAAGGACAUAUACAAUAGAUUUGACUGUGAUGAAGCAGAUUAAUGAGGAUAUUGGAAUGGCACGGAGUAUAUUUCGUAGAGUGAAUGCUCAUCCUGUUGAGGGUAAAAGUCCUACUUGCUCAUCUAGCAUGGACGUAGUACCUCCAGUUAUCGAGACAAAUGAAUGGCUGGUAUCUUUUAUACGAACUUUAUUCUCCGUACUCUACGAAGUUUAUAGUAGUUCGGCCGGGCCUGCUGUAAAAUGUAAAUGUUUACGUGCACUUCUUCGUAUGGUAUAUUAUGCCUCAACUGAUUUAUUAAAGGAUGUUUUGAAAAAUCAAGUUGUAUCAUCGCAUAUAGCAGGAAUGUUAGCAUCGCAAGAUUUACGAAUAGUUAUAGGAGCUCUACAAAUGGCAAGUAUCUUAAUGAAAAGAUUACCGCAAGUAUUUGGGGUCCAUUUCCAUCGUGAAGGUGUCUUACAUCAAAUACGGCAAUUAGCUGAUCCUGAAAUACCUCUUGGAGUUUCACCGCCCAAGUGCUCUUCUGGUACAUCAUUACCAAGUCCACAACCAGGUCCGUCUACACCUAUUUCUUCCACCAUGAUGUUGUCCUCUAGUAGUGCUACGUCACCUAUUGCUUCUCCAUCAACAAAUGGUAAUAUAUUAUUUGGCGCAGUUGCAACAUGUCAAAUGAAGCCAAAUCUUACCCCUUCAAUGGAUACACAUAGUAGGACAGAUUUGAAUACCACCGUAGAAGAUGCAAGUACACCGCAAAGUGCUCAUCUAAGGAUCGGAGAUGUUUUGAAAAGAAAACGUCAAAACAAGAAAGGUCGGUUCUCUAGAUUGGGUGGUACUGGGACGCAGCAAACGCAACAACCAGAAUCACUUUUCACUGGUUUUACACAAAAGAAUAAUCGAUUUUUGGGAAAUCUUAAUCCUGCUAGAUGGGGAAGAAAAUCAUCAUCGUCAAGCACUGUUAGUGAUAAGAGAGACACAAGUUCAUCAACCAGUUUAUCAAAACCACCAAGUAAUCCAAAUUUAUCAGGUGGUAAUCGGGAUAAGGCAAAAGCAUGGGUACGCGAACAAGCUGCUCAAUUCCUAGCAAGAUAUCAAGAUGAUGCACCUUGCACCCAUCCAGCGUUAACGGUUCUUGCGCGACUUACAGCCGCAAUACAACGAUUACAAUCAAAUCAAUUAGACGAAAUGUUCUCAGCGCUUACCGAAUUACGAGAUAUUGUACUAGAAAGUGAUAUAUCUCCGUUCGAAAUGAAUUAUAGUGGUCUUAUAAAAGCUUUGUUGAACUACCUCACAACCACAGACGCACCUGGAAAUCGUUAUGAUCGUUUACGGAUGUUCUGGCAACUAUUUGCAGAGUCUACUAUACAGCAAGACAACAAUGUCGUAGAUCUUCAACCGGGAGCAUUCGGUGCUCUUGUCGCAAAAUUGAACAGUUGUGUUGCACAGUUGGAACAAUUUCCAGUAAAGGUUCAUGAUCUACCAGCUGGAUCCGGUGCUGGACGUGGAGGAACUAGUGCUCUUAAAUUUUUCAAUACACAUCAGUUGAAGUGCAAUCUUCAGCGGCAUCCAGAUUGUAAUAAUUUAAAACAAUGGAAGGGAGGUACUGUAAAAAUUGAUCCUCUUGCAUUAGUGCAAGCAAUAGAACGAUAUUUAAUGGUUCGUGGCUACGGUAGAAUACGGGAUGCAGAAUCUUUGGUUAGUGACGAUGAUAAUAGCGAAGAUGAUAUAGAUGAUACCUUGGCAGCAGUUGUUAUAAGUCAAGGCUCUGCAAAACACAAGCUCCAAUUUUUGAUAGGGGAUGAAGUAUUACCUUUUAAUAUGACCGUAUACCAGGCAGUAAGACAAUUUGGUUGUUCUGGUAUAGAUCAUUCAGAAGCAGAAGCAGAUGGUGAACCUCCUUUGGGACACGAUGCAGUAUGGGUGCAAACUCAUACGAUAUAUUACAGACCUGUACCAGAGGACGAGGCCACGACAUCUUCCAAACCAGGAUCGAGUUCACAAUGCGGUAGUAGAAAAGGCAAAGGCAAGAGUACAAAGAUCAGUUCAAAGCGAAAAGAAGAUAGUCUUUGGUUGGAAGGAAUAGUACCAGCGCAACGAUGUCCACUUACUCCUUAUCUAUCUCCAUCUUUGCCACCAUCUGUAACUAUAUCGGAUGCUUCUUUAGACGGCUUAUGUCUAUUGCGGCUUUUACAUGCACUUAAUCGUCAUUGGGGUGUUCUAUUUCCUCAUCUGAAAAGUAUGAGCCUAUUGUCUCCACAAGAUUUCAUAAAUAACAAGAUAGCGGCAAAGGCGAGUAGACAACUACAGGACCCGUUAGUUAUUAUGACUGGAAAUUUACCAUCAUGGUUGCAGCAAAUAGCAACAGUAUGCCCUUUUCUAUUCCCAUUUGAAACGAGGCAGUUGCUAUUGUACGCAACAUCCUUUGAUCGUGAUAGAGCACUCCAGCGUCUUUUAGACUCUGCUCCAGAAUUGUCAGGCUCUGACAGUCAAGAACGUGUUACUCCGCGUUUAGAAAGAAGAAAAAGAACCAUUUCCAGAACGGAUAUUUUGAAACAAGCGGAACAAGUUAUUCAAGACUUAGCUUCCAGCAAAGCUCUUCUUGAAGUGCAAUAUGUCAAUGAGGUCGGAACUGGCUUGGGCCCAACUUUAGAAUUUUAUGCGCUAGUUUCUAAAGAACUUCAACGUGCUGACUUGGAUCUCUGGCAUGGUAGUUCAAACCCUACGGAGACAGGUUACGUUAAUCCUAUGCAUGGACUCUUUGCAACACCAAUACCGUGGAGUACUAAAGUGUCACAUCUCGCGAAACUCAAAACUAAAUUUAAAUUUCUUGGUAAAUUUAUGGCAAAAGCAAUAUAUGACUCAAGAAUGUUGGAUCUACCAUUUAGUUUAACAUUUUAUCGUUGGUUGUUGGGAGAAGAGCAUACGCUUACUUUAGCAGAUUUAAUAUACGUUUGUCCUGAUAUACAUCGUACCCUCACGAAAUUGCAAGAAGUGGUAAGACGAAAAGAAAUAAUGGAAAAGGAUCAAAGUUUAAGAAUGACGGAGAGAGCACAACGAAUUGAAGCGCUAGAUUUGGACGGUUGUCCUAUUUCUGAACUUGGACUUGUCUUCGAAUUACCAGGUUACGAAAAUAUAGAACUAAGGAAAGGAGGAAGUGACAUACCUGUCACCAUUCAUAAUUUGGAUCAAUAUAUCAAGUUGGUAACACAUUGGUUCCUCUACGAAGGAGUUUUUAGACAAAUGGAAGCGUUUCGAGAAGGAUUCGAAUCGGUAUUUCCGCCGGCGCAAUUGCGAUUAUUUUUCCCAGAAGAAUUGGAAGCUGUAUUCUGUGGACACACGCAAGGUGGUGGCCAAUGGGAUACAAAAACCCUUUUGGAAUGUUGCCGUACAGAUCAUGGUUAUACACCAGAUUCUCGGGCUAUACGUUUCUUAUUUGAAGUCUUAUCCAAAUACAAUAGCGAGGAGCAAAGACAAUUUAUUCAAUUUGUUACUGGAUCACCACGAUUACCUGUUGGAGGCUUUAAGAGUUUGACCCCACCCUUAACGAUAGUGCGGAAAACUUUCGAUCCAUCGAUGAAAACUGAUGACUUUUUACCAUCUGUAAUGACUUGCGUAAAUUAUUUAAAAUUGCCUGACUAUACUACCUUGGAAAUAAUGCGAGAAAAAUUAAGAAUAGCAGCACAAGAAGGUCAACACUCAUUCCACCUUUCCUAGAAAUGGAUGGGAAAAUCACCGCCGCGCGUCUUUCUUUUUUCGCUGUCGCAUUAUAUUCAGGUUGAGACCACUAAUUCAAAUAUAUAUAGAAAGAAUUUUUCUUUUUUCUUUUUUUUUUCUUUCUUUUUUUUUUUUCUUUUUUUUUUCUCUCUCUCUUCUAUUCCAAAUCACAAAACAACGAUAAAACACGGUUUUUAUACUUUGUAUAAAUUUGUUCGCAAUUUGUUUUAUUUUUAAUUUGUCCAGACUUCUCUUUGUUCAUAAUGGGUUCAAACUAGAUAUUUAUCUUAUUACUACGUACGUUUCGGAAUGUGAUAUACUUUAUCAGAAAAAGUGCAAAAAAAAUCAAUGAUGUUAGCCUCACCACGUAGGUUUUUCUCUCUGUGGUGAUAUUAUGCGCUAGAUAAGCUUAAGUGCGCAACCUGAUUCUAGGAACUUAUCUUCGGUGUGUGUAAUGAUAAUAAAAAAAGGAAUGUAAAUAUAGUUUAAUGAGAACGCAAGUUUACAUAUAAAUACUUUAUAUUACGAUAGUAAAAAAAAAAAAAAAUUGAUAUUGCUAUAAAACUAUAUUAUAUAUAUAUACAUAUAUAUAUAUAUAUAUAUAUAUGUAUCUAUAUAUACAUACAUAUAUAUACAUAAAUAUAUACAUAUAUAUAUAUGUAUAUAUAUAUAUAUAAGUAUAUAUAUAUACAUACUUUAGCUCUCCCAGAGGACGUUUACUAGAUAUAAGUAAAUUUUAUAUCAGUGAUGCAUUUAGCAUCGCCAUGUGUAUCGCCAAUCUUAUGCCUCAUAAUCUACGAGGAAUAUAUGAGCUAAAAUCAGUAAAUAAAAUACAUGCUGCUACAAAGUAGCACGUGUUUUACAUCUCAACUGUAAAGAGAGAGCGCCAACUCGUGAAUGUGUGGCAGCAUAAUAUCAUUCUUUGUGCCCUCUUUUCUCUCAUGAUAUAGAUCGAUCUCUUAUGUUCGCCGCUUAAUCUACGGCACUUGCGAGCAUUGCACUAAUUUCGUGCAACACUCCUAUAUAUUUAAAUUUAUAAUCUACGUAUCAUUAAUUAAUUAUUAUAUUAUUUGAUAUCUUUAUUCUAGGUAAGAUAGUCGAAUUAUUACUUUACUUAACUGUGUAAGGAUGCAGCCAGCAUCGUCAGACCGUAUUCCCAUCGUGGUUGUGCGAACAGAAGAAAAUUCUUAUGUCCACUUAAAUACAGGCCAAGCAUCAUAUUUAUGGAGAAAAAAAAACAACAAUAACAACAACAACAAAAAAAAACAAAUAAAACAAAAUGUAAGACUCUGUAUAAUACGAAAUAGAAAAGUUAUCAAUUAUAAGCGAAGCUGGUGUAUCAAAUGGAUCAUAUAUAACGACGUAUAUUAAUUUCUUAAAUUCAGGCGCAAGAGGUUCAUAAAGAAAAUUUACGUGUAUAAGUCGGGUGCUAAAGUUAUUACCGCCGCGUACAUAUAUGCAUCACGUUAAUAACCUCUUAUCAAAAAAAAAAAAAAAAAAAAAAAAAAAAAAGGAAAAAAAAAUUAGUUCGAUUAUUAAUACGAUUAUUAUACCAUGUAACAUUGCUCUUGCAGGCCAUAAAUUGUUUUCCUAAUAUACAAUUCAGUGCAAUUAGAAGAUCCAUCUCUAAUGGACUAGUAACAGUUGUAUUCAUUUCAAUAUUUUAUUGUAGUUUAUUAAAUAUACUUAAAAAGAUAAUAGAGCUGCCGAUAUCAUGCCACCACAAUGUUUAAUAUGUGAUAUAUGCUGUGUGAUUACACACGUACAUCAGGCAAUGUUACAUGUACUGCAAUCAACAUAAUGUAUAAGGUACAUAGUUAUUUUUUAUCGUGUCCUUUCACAAUAUGUGACGACGAACGACGAAAGGUAAUACGUAAAUACAAUAAUACAUAGAAGCAAAAGAAAUCUAAAUGAAAGAAAAUAUGUUCAACCAACAGUCUUAUAUACACAUUAUAAGAAACGUGUAAUGGUUCGAGAUACAAUUCAAACACAUGUCAUUAAUAUUAUAAACAAAGUUAUAUUUAUAUCAAUCCAUUAGUAUAAAGGACUUUUUCUUUACACAA